AUGUCCACGGCCUUGGCCCUGCACACUGCAGAGGCACGGCGAGGGCUUCUGGAAGUGAAGGUGAAGGAGGAGAUGAGCCAUGCCUGUGGGCAAGAAUCUAGCUGGUCAGGAAAGACCCUGGAGAACAGGGAGCUAUUCCGUAGAUGUUUCCUGCAGUUCUGCUACCGGGAGACCCCCGGGCCCCGGGAGGCGCUGCGCCAGCUCCGCGAGCUCUGCCACUGGUGGCUGCGGCCCGAGACCCGCAGCAAGGAGCAGAUCGUGGAGCUGCUGGUGCUGGAGCAGUUCCUGGCCGUCCUGCCCGGGGAGCUGCAGGCCUGGGUGCGCCAACGGCAUCCCCAGAGCGGGGACGAGGCGGUGGCGGUGCUGGAGGACUUGGAGCGCGAGCUGGAUGAGCCGGGAGAGCAGGUCCCAACCCACACUUAUGAGCAAGAAGAGGCUCUGAGGGAGAAGGCAACUCAAGGAGCAGCUCAGGUGUCCUCACUUGGCCAGUUCCGGAGCUCAGACUUGCAAGAGGUGUGCCCGGUGCAGGAGACCGAUGGUGGAGCUGAGGCUUGGCAUGUGCAGUUAGCACCAGGGGAGGAGAUACGCUAGAGAAAACGCUGCUGCAGAAGAACCUGGACUCUCCGCAGUGAUGUCACCCAAGGGCCAGCGUGCGGAGACGCCUGUGGCCAGGAGGGCGCACUGGACAGGCAGCGGGUAAGCUCCUCGGCAGAGCGGCCCUACGCCUGUGGGGAAUGUGGGAGGAGCUUCUCCCAGAACUCCACCCUCGUGGAGCACCAGAGAAGGCACGAGGAGAAGCCCUACACGUGCAGCGCCUGCGGCCGGGCCUUCAGCCCGCGCUCGGGCCUCUGCCAGCACCAGCGGCUGCACACCGGGGAGAAGCGCUACCGGUGCCGGGUCUGCGGCAAGGCCUUCAGCCAGAAUGCCGGGCUUUUCCACCACCUCCCCAUCCACUCUGGGGAGAAGCCUCACCAGUGCAGCCAGUGCAGUAAGAGUUUUAGUCGCCGCUCUGUCCUUAUUAAACAUCAGAGAAUUCACUCCGGAGAGAGGCCGUUCGAAUGUGAAGACUGCGGCAGGAGCUUUAUUUAUCAGUGCAACCCCGUCCAGCACCGAAAAGUCCACCUGGUGGCCCAGCCGGCUGGCUGCCCAGGACAGGUGGGGCCAGGUCUCUAA